CUGAUGUUUAAGCCGCCUAGUUAUGGACGACAGUAUAAAUUCAGACGUGAACGAGCGUAACAACGGAACUAUUUCCACCCUUCAACUUAUUGACUCAGCAAUACCUGUUACUAUGAAGUUUAUUGGUGAGCAGCUUGGUGCCCAUGAAGCCUCAACCUGGGGAUCUCAUAUAGUAUCAAGUGCUGUACUAGUAAUCCUACACAAUGUCCUACUCCUACUUCUAACCCUACUCCACCUCAUCGCUGGUUAUGUAUACAUUACUCUGCAGUGGCUCUGUCUUUACACUCCUGUAGUUAUUCAGGGUGUAGGAUGGGUGUUUAGCUCCUUGUUCUCCGUCACCAGUCAAGCUGACGAUGUGAUAUUAUCUCUAUCUGACUCAUUGUAUCACGUGAUAGAUUCCUCCCUUGAUACCCUCGCUACCUGGACUGUUGAACUACAGAUACUGUUACCUUACUUUGUGGCAGUUCCUUUCCAGGUGUUACGUAUUCUACUGGACUGGAGUAAGAUAGUUGGCGGUGUGUUCACGUAUCUUAUACCAAGUGAAUUCUACACAGCUCAAACAGUAUCUUAUCUUAUGGAACUAAAGUUUGCUUUUCUCGACCUCUCUGGUGUUUCUUGGAUAAUAUUGAAGUCAGUGAUGGAGCAAAGCAGUAACUUUAUCUUCAAUACGCUGAUAAGCCUGAUAACGUCUGCUAAGUACAUCACCUACUUUAUUAUACGGGCUCUACAGAUAUCAUGCUGCCAGAUCCUCCCGACUAUGUUCGAGACAGUUUGUUCGAGUCUAAUCCUGGUGCUCACGAAGCUCCUCAACGUUCCCUCUCAGAUAUUCUUCAACCUCUGUGUACUUGUGGAGUACUACGAGCUGGAGCUGGAGAACAUUAAGAUGGUAAUAGUACUGAGUGUUCAACUGAUCGUGUCUCUGUUUUAUCACGCUUACUUCUACACAGUUCAGCUAUUUCUCCUGAUCUUCCAGCCUAUACUCUCUCUAAUGGAGUUCACUAUAUACCUCCUUCACGCUACUUUUAGUGUACUUAUACCUGGCGGCCUCGUCACUAUACUGAUAGGUCUCAUCACAUUCUGGAAGUGGUACAACCCCACUCAACCCCACCCCAGCCCCACCUCCCCUCCUCCGCAGACUAUCCAGUUCACCCCACCUGCCCCUCCCACCGAACCUCAGACACCAGAAGAAGAGCUCCAGGAGCAACUAAACACUGAGAGAGAAGAGAAACUGUGCGUAAUAUGUACUGUUAACAUGAAGUGUGCAGUGCUGCUGCCGUGUAGACACUGUUGCUUGUGUCUGGAGUGCAGUGAAAAGGUGAGGAAUGUGGAACAACCCCAGUGCCCGCUCUGUAGGAGGAACAUUGCUAAUGUCAUGCAGAUAUACUUGUGAGACUGGAUACUGGUUAAUGGUUACUGGUUACUGAUUAGUUAGAGACUGGUUAGUUAGAGACUGGUUAGUUAGAGUAAUAGUUCACAGUGCGGACUGGUUUCCGGAGAACAGAUACAACUUACAGAUGGCCUCUGUAGAGGUAGGAUAGAGGAUAUGUCCUGAUAUAUUCCCAGCUGAGCUCAUUAUUUAGAAGAGUGUCAGGGGAAUUGUACCGCGAGCGUAGAAUAUAAUAUCUGAGUGAUCAUGAUUUUGGAAUGGGUUUACAUUUUUAACGUAGCUAGAAUUAGUGAGUGACAGUUCAGUUUAUGAUGAAAUGGUGAAAAGUAGCAGAAUAACACUAUGGAGUAUGACAUGUAAAGUAAAGGUUAAAGCUGAUGUUCGUUAAGACAGAGUUUUUGUAAAAUAUGGAAUAAAAUAAAAAACUGUAUUUCUGUCGAAGAAUGUUAUUUAAGGAUGCUUUGCAGAGAUGUUUGUCGACAAUAGCCUGUCAGAAGUCCUUUUUUUAUGUGUUCGAGCCCAAAAGAGAUCCAAUUUUUAGGGCUCUUGCAAUUUUAGCUGAGUCCUGAAGCAAAGUCCCGUAUUUAACCUUUUUCAAAUGCAUGCGUUUUUCAGAUUUUAAAGAUAUUUCGUAAAUUUGUAUUUUAUGACUAAACAAAAUUGAUGACGUUUAUUAUGCUUUAUAUAUCAACGAAUAUUUGAUUGCUGGAUAUGGUGUAUUGUAAUUUAAAUUUAUCGCAUAUGAAACGAACUAUUUUGACCGAUGGCCAAUAAAUUACAUUUAGGCGAAGACCUUUGGAGAUUUUUCAUGUACGUCCUUUUUUGCGUACAUUUAGAAAUUUAAUGACAUUCAUUUGAAUUCAAACUCGUCUUUGCUGGGAGCCCACAACCCAUAUUUCUGGGAGCCCACGACCCAUGUAUAACUUCAGAAGUUUUGUGGAAUGUAUUUCAGCAUGUUAAAUAUAAUAUCGAUGUUUGGUAGAACGUUUAAAUAUUUUGAAAGAAAUCUUUAUUGUAUCGCAAAGUAUAUAUACGGAGAAGUUACGCAAGAAAUUUAAAUUUUUGAGUAUAUUAUUAAGCAAAUUUGUCCGAUUUGAUAAUUUCCGAAUGAACAUGACAACUUGUGAGCAAAUUAGUAAUUGUAUGUUUUUUAUUUUCAAAGAAUAUUAUCAUUAGCAAUUUGAUGUAAUCUUAUGAAUAAAAUAAUUAAUCAUUAAUGCAACAUAAUUUUAUUAG